AUGAAUAUUCCUGAAAAUGAUCAGCCUGAAUUUUCAAAUGGAUGGUUGCAGGCUUUUCAAGAAAGGCACAAUUUUCACCAUUUUAAGCUGCAUGGCGAGAGUGGUUCUGCUGACCUUCAAUAUGCAAUUGAUCGUGAUGAAGCCGAGGAGAAAGAUAUAUAUAAAGUCGAUCAAUUGCAG